CUUGAGGCAACAUUUAGACAAAUCUUUGGAGGAGAAUAGUAGCUUAAAGGCUCUUCUGUUCAGCAUGAAAAAAGAAGCAAAAAAUGCAGACACUGCAGCUACGUUAAAUGUGCAGAUCACUGGACUUCAAACCAGUGUGAAGAGGCUCUCUGGUGAGAUUGUGGAAUUAAAGCAGCAUCUGGAGCACUAUGACAAGAUCCAGGAGCUUACCCAGAUGCUGCAGGAGAGCCACAGCUCCCUGGUGAGCACCAACGAGCAUCUCCUGCAGGAGCUGAGCCAGGUGCGGGCGCAGCACAAGGCCGAGGUGGAGCAGCUAAACUGGAGCUAUAAGGAGCUCAAGAAGACGCUGGCCCUGUUCCCGCACAGCAGCGCCAGCCUCAGCGGCUGCUAGUCCCCCCCCACCUGUGCACCCACACCUGGCCUCCAGGUGCCGUGGCUGGCGCAUUUGUAUUUGUUUUGCCAAGCCUAGUAAAACGUGGGAGUUCUUUUCUACCUAGCGCGUUUGUUGGCAAGAGCUGGGUCUUCUGUCCGUAACUAUCCUAAGUGUUUUGCAAUGUAUUCAGGGCCUGUAGCUUGGUUUUCUAAAACGUCCUAAGAAAGACAGGAUUGAUCUGUCUCUGAGUGAGUCUGGGGGUAAGGAUGUGCAUGGUGUGGUAUUUGCAGAGAGCGGGCAACCAGGAUUAUUAUUCUUUCGGACUCCGGCAUGCUGCUCAUGUUUCCUGAAAGACAACUGAGAUUUUACCCGAAAAAAGGAUUAAUCUAAGCCCUUCACGUGUUUUGAGAUAAGAAACAUUGAUAUAUUUUGAGACCAACAUUAUUAAUUUUUCGUAAAAUACCUUGAGAUAAAGAAAAUGCAGUAUUUUUUUCCUUGAUGUAAAAGAGAAUGGUGUCUGAUCACUAAGUGAUUUUGUGUGACACUCAGUCCUUGUUUAAUAAACUAACAGAUUGUUUUAAAAA